AUGAGAUCUUUGGGUCAAAACCCAUCUGAAAGUGAGUUGACUGAUAUGAUCAACGAAGUUGAUGUCAAUUCCGAUGGUUCCAUUGAUUUCCCAGAAUUCUUGACCAUGAUGGCUAGAAAAAUGAAAGAUACCGACUCUGAAGCUGAAAUUGCUGAAGCUUUCAAAGUUUUUGACAGAAAUGGUGAUGGUAAAAUCAGUGCUGCUGAAUUGAGACACGUUUUGACUUCAAUUGGUGAAAAAUUAUCUGAUGCUGAUGUUGAUCAAAUGAUCAAAGAAGCUGACACCAAUAAUGAUGGUGAAAUUGAUAUCCAAGAAUUCACCCUGUUGUUAGCUGCCAAAUAA